AUGUGGCUGCCCUCUAAUGGCGACCUCGUCAAUCUUGGCAAGUACAGCUACCAAGUAGGUUACCGUGCUUCGAAAAUGGAGAUCUUCGGUGUGGCGGAUCGAAACCGCUCUAGCGUCACGGACACUGCUGUAAAGACAGCUGGAGCCCCAGAUAUCGGUAGUUUGACACGCAGUUACUUAAAGCAUUAG